UUUUGGUUCCAUAAUCCCAAAAUCUUAUCUUCCAAAAGAAAAACUAUACUAAAAUUGUCUAAACUUUUAUUUAUCAAAACGCAAAAAUAUACUAACAAUCAAACUUAAAAGACCAAAAAAAACUUUUCCCUAGGGUCCAAAAUAAUUUUGGCCAGUCAUGGCUACAAGUAAAGAAAAUUUAUACUUCUGACUUUUCAAAGCAUAGAUUUAGUGAGACAUUUCAUGAUCGGUGGUUUAAUGGAUAACAUUCCAAAAACUAGUGAAUGAUAUGACUCGAUGACUUUGUUUCAUUUCAUUGACUUACAAGUCACCCAUUAAAACAAAAUUGCUUAACAUUAUCCUUUCGUUGCUAUUUCUUGAAGAUAUCUCAUCAUCGAUCGAAUUGCUUAACCUCAGUACCACUGUUACUGCUUAUUUUCAGGUUCCUACUAGCUUCCUUCUUGGACACGGAAGGUCACAGUUCUUAACCUAUUGAAGAUAUCAGAAUUUGAUUUAAAUGUUAUUUUCAUGACGGAUGAUCUUUAAUUUGGAAAUGAAGCUGGGCAAAUCGGGGUGUGCUACGGGAAAAUUGGAAACAACCUGCCACAUCCGGUGGAUGUGGUGGCGUUUUACCGGCAGCGUAACAUCCAUCUGAUGUGGCUUUACGAUCCCGACCAAGAGGUUCUAACCGCUCUAAAUGGCUCCAACUUAGAGCUUCUACUCGAUGUUCCAAACUCGGAUAUCCAGCGUAUCGCCUCCAACCAAUCUGAAGCCGACACAUGGGUCCGUAACAACGUCCGCAACUACACAAAGGGUGUCAGAUUCCGCUACAUAUCGGUAGGGAACGAGGUGCAACCCUCGGACCUAGACGCAAUGUUUCUCCUCCAAGCAAUGCAAAACAUUGAGAGAGCUGUUUCAGACCUCGGGGUCAAGGUCUCCAACGGUUUUAGUGGGUUUCCGCCCUCGAGCGGAUCGUUCACACCGGAUUCUCGGAUCUUUUUUACGCCCGUGAUAGAUUUCUUGGUAACAUGAGAGACGUCAGUUUGGAGUACGCUCUGUUAACUUCAAAGAAGACUGUAGUCAACGACGGGUCAAACUCAUACCGAAACCUCUUCCUCGCACUCCUAGACACUAUCUACGCGGCACUGGAGAAAACAGGAAGCAGUCAUUGGAGAUCGUGGUGUCGGAGAGCGGUUGGCCGACAGCGGGAGGAACCGCUGCGAGUGUGGACAAUGCAAGAACUUAUGUGAACAAUCUGAUACAAACUGUGAAGACUGGAUCUCCAAGGAGGCCAGGGCGAGCUAUCGAGACUUAUUUAUUGUUCGAUUUUGAUAUUAAAUGUGAACAAUUGUUCAAGCUGAUUGCUGUUAGUGUCGUGUCACUCAGGCAAAUCUUAUGUGGCCCACAAAUACGUGGACAUCCAGUAUCCACUGCCUUUUUAUUUUAUUAUUUUCUAAAACACUCUUUUUUUUUAAUUUGCAAAUCAAUUAUAUAUAUAUUUUUUACAAUA